AUGGUUAGAGAAAACCAACUCCAGGUCCUUGGUGACCAAGAAGACUACUUCUGCCGUGCCUGUGACCGACACUUCAAAUUCCACAUUGGCGCAUUCAACCACUGCCGCCAUGCCGAGAUCCACGAAGGCGAGUGGUGCGAGAGGUGCGGAUGGCUGUUCGUCUCACCUAGGGCGUGCCAGUCUCAUGUAGACAACUCCUCGCGUCACAACGUCUGCACGCCUUGUGGAAUGGACUUUGGUACUCCCGCCCUGCUCGAAUCCCAUGAUGUCGACGUCCACAACAAGUGUACAGAAUGCUGCGAAUGCUUCCGCGCUCCCGACCUUCUCAAAGCCCACGACGUCCUGGUCCACAACCUGUGUAUCGAAUGUGGCAGGUAUUUCCGCAACAUCAAUGAUUUGAUGCAGCACAAACGAACCCACCUCCCUUUAGACAUCAAAUGCCUUGGCUGCGACCGCCUGUUCUCCGAAUUCUCCGCCAUGAUGAUCCAUCUCGAGUCUGGCACCUGCGAGAGCGGCAUCGAUAGGGACGACGUCGAUAGCUAUAUUUUCGACACCUACGUGAGAAACCGCGCAUAUGUCAAUCAGUGGGAAGACCAUUUGAAGUAUCAAUGUCCCGAUUGUGGAUCCGACUUCCGCUUUGCGAGUGCUCUGUGCCAGCACGUGGCGAGUAACGCUUGUAAUCAACAGUCCAAAAGUACCUUCUGGGACCUUGAAAAAUGUAUCACUUCGCGGAUCUAG